AUGAAGUUUCAGGACUCAAGAAUCGAAAAAUUAGAAGAACAAUUAAAAAAUUGCAUCCAAAAAGAUGAGUAUGACAAUCACCAAUCAGAAAUUCGAGCUAGAAUUAGUCAAAAUGAGAACGAUAUCGAAGAUUUAAAUAACAAAAAUGAUUUAAUGACAAAAAAUCUUGCUGAAUUUGAAACAAAGCUCAAAAAUAUGAUUGAAGAGCGCGCAAAUGACAUUAUGAUGACAACAACAAGCUCGAAUGAGCAAGCAUAUUCAAAUAUAACUUCAACAUUUGAGUUAUUACAAAAUAGCGUACAAGACUUCCUAAAGAAUCAGCCAAAGGAAAACAUUACAGAGAGAUUUGAAAAAAUUGAAGCUAAUAUUACUGAAUUACAAACAAAACUUGAAGAAUCUAAGCAGAAUGAAGAAAACUUUGUUAACAAAGAAUAUAUUGAUGGACGUUUGAGAGAUGCAGUUGAUGAAAUUAAUAGAAAUGUUGAUAGACAAUUCGAAAAUUAUAAUAAUAACGUUUACAAUAUUUUAGAAGAUGAAAGCGGUAAUUCAAAUGAUAGAUCUAUUGCUGCAAAACUUAGAAUUGCACUUGCUCACCUCAGAACAGAAUUUGAAGAGUUCAAAAAUGGUUUUGGAGAUAAACAUAAGCAUUUGAUAUCAAAUAACGUUCAACCAGGUGCUCAAUCACAAUCUGAACAAGAUACAGGUGAUGAUUUUGAGAUUUAUCAAAAGAAUAUCUCAAGAGCAAUGAUGGCCAUUAAUAAUACUAUGAAUAACAUCAUAGCUGAAGGUGCUGGCUUAGGAAAAAUACCUUUCUUGCAAUUAGCUCAGAAUGCUCCUGCUAUAUUUAUGGAUAAUUUCGUUGCAAUUCAGCCAGAUAAAGUUGGAGACCGAAAAAUUCCAAAAAUUUCGGGACUUACUGCUGCUCCUUCGAAGAGAACAACAGAGAAGAUCAUUAUUGGCGAAGAAAAGAAGAAGACAGGAUUAACUCAGGAAGAUAUCCAAACAAUUUCCUUAAGAAUCGCUUCAGAGCUCAAAAUAGAAGACGUAAAAGCUAGAAUGGAUGAAAUUGAAAAGCAGAACAUUGAUGUUUUAAGUGCUUUGGAUAGAAAAGUUGAUCGAGAAUUUGAUGAGAGAUUAUUCGAGAAAUUCAGAGUUUAUAUUAAUCAAAUUAAGGAAACUGUCAAUAAUUUAAGCCAGCAAGUUGAAAAUUAUGCAACACGAGAUGAAGUCGAAGAAGUGAAGAAGAUUGCAACCGGAAUUCCAGUUAAAGUCAUUGAUCAAGGCCCUGUCGUUAGGAAAGGUCCUGUUUGCCUCUUCUGUGGAAGGCCAAAGACUUCAAUUACUGGUUCAAUUUCACCAAGAACGGCCAGAAAGGUUGGAAGAGCUCCUGUUGCAGUCCCAACUCAAUCAACAGAUUUAGUAUAUGGAGAAGGUCAAGCAUUUGUUAAAGGAGGAGAAACGAAUUCAAUUCAAAGAUUUGAUACAGUUCUUGCUGCAACUGGACAAGAAUUAGAUCAAGUUGAAGAGAAAUAA